AUGUUGUUUUGUGAUCGGUAUGGGGUUGAGUUAUUGGCAAGUGAUUUGUUUUAUAUAAGUAAGUCUGCACACUGUUACGUGAUGUUACAUGGAUUGAUGAAGCAGCUGUGGUUUACAAUUUCUGUGAUUACCUUUACUUGCGGUGCAAGGCAGGAAAAGACUCGGUUAAGGACCGAUAGUUCCAACUACCUCAUAACGGGUGUUGAUCGCUUUAUGCUGGUUCAGGAAAAUAUGGGUGACACUAUGCUUGUCAAAAAGAAACCUGUUUCAAUCGAUGAAAUGAAUCUUAAAUCUAUACAACGACUGGAUCCGUGUGCGGUAGCAAUCAUUGAUAAGGCUGUGCAUGCGGCGCUCUACCAGUUUGAUAAAUCUAACACGCAGUGGGUGAAGUCCGCGAUUGAAGGUCCGUUAUUUCUGUACAAACGAGCUGAUAAGCCUUUUUAUUCAUUAAUGAUUGCAAAUCGUCAAUCUCUCGAGGAUCAUAUCGAACCAAUCACAUCUCGAUUGCGAUUUUUUCUUGAAGCUCCUUAUUUGUUUAUGAAUAAUCAAGAAGGUGAGAUAAGGGGUUUCUGGUUCUUUAAAGAAGUGGAUUGUACGCGUUUGUAUAAAUUGCUUGUCAAGCUUGUUUCUGACUCAAGUCCGUCGACAUCUGUCACUGUCAAUCAUUCAAAAAGACCAGUGUCAAGUAAAUCGCAAAAUGGAUAUGGCGAGCACUCAGGUGGUACUGCAGGAAGAGACAGUCGCUGUAAAAAAUUGGAUGAAAUGCCGGCUUUGCUGCAACAGUUGCUUUCGAAGCAGACAACCACUAAAUUACCGGAUGUGCCGAUUAGAGGUGCUUUGAGUGCAGAUCAAAUUGAAAAACAUCUUCUCUGCGGUGCUCAAGGUGAAGGUGCUGCGAUGUCGACAGAAAAUAAAUCAAGUGUGAAAAUGAUGAAGCGCGAACUAGCAUCCCAAGAGAACGAAGAAAAUGACGCAUUAUCGAAUUUAGUGAAUAAUCUAUCUCUCUGUACUGCCAAGACAUCUGGUUUAAAGGACAUGGAGAAGAAUCUAUCGAAAAGCAAAAAUAAGCACGAUGGCAUAUCUGAGGAUGAUUCUCAAGUUAUUUCUCUUACGAAAGAUCAGUUGCUCGUGGCACUGAAACAUUUAUUGAAGGACGAUGGCUUUGUAACACGCCUACAUCGUGCAUAUUUGGAGAGCAUUAAUACUCGAUUGGGAUUGCGUGAGUAA